UCUAGGGUUUGGAGGAAUACAUUCAUUAUUCUCUCCUACAGUACAUGUAGCUUCCUUUCCCCCCUUUGUUGCCCUCCAUUUUUAACUGAGCUUUAGUUUUCUUGUUAUGAAUUGCCAUUUAACUUUCUUUCUAAUGCAUGUACAAUGUCAUGUUGAUUUUGCGCUGUCCUAAAAUUUUUUUCUUGAUGUUUUCAGGUCAUAUUGACCACUCUACAAAAAUUAUGCAUGUUAUCACAUGGAACCGCUCCUUCAAGAAUUUACCCGACCAUGAUGACCUGAAUGAUAAUUUCGAGAUCGAUGAUAGAUUUGAUACUCAUGCUGCGGUUCUAGAUAGAAUGCUUGCUUGGGAGAAAAAACUGUAUGAUGAAGUGAAGGUAAUAUAUGUGCAAAUAAUUUGUGAAGAUGAGUUCUGGUGCUAUUGCUUUCGGAAUUGCUGGGGAACUUAUGAAAAUCAAUUAUCAGAAGGUGACUCUAUUGCAGAAGCAAAAGAAACGGGGUGUUAAACUUGAAACCCUGGAGAAGACAAAAGCUGCUGUUAGCCACUUACACACAAGGUACAUCGUAGAUAUGCAGUCCAUGGAUUCAACGGUUUCAGAAAUAAAUCGGCUUCGGGAUAGACAGCUAUUCCCAAAGUUAGUGGAGCUUGUUGAUGGAAUGGCCAAAAUGUGGAGUGCUAUGCACCGUCAUCACAGAAAUCAGUUCAUGAUCAUUUCAGGUAUCAGAGGUUUCGAGAUUCCUCCUGUUCCAAGAGAGAGAACUGACUUGCAUUACAACCAGACUUGCGAGCUACGGGACAUUGUUAAGGAGUGGCACAUGCAGUUUGAGAAAUUGAUGGACAAUCAGAAAGCGUACAUCAGAGCACUCAAUGCAUGGCUGAAGCUUAAUCUCAUCCCUAUCGAGAGCAACAUAAAGGAGAAGGUCUCAUCCCCUCCAAGGCUGGUAGAUCCACCUAUCAAGAACCUGCUGCAUGCCUGGCAUGAUGAACUCGAAAGGCUUCCAAUUGAGCUUGCAAAAACUGCCAUCAAAACCUUUGCUGAAGUCAUAAGCAACAUCGUGCACCUUCAGGAGGAGGAAGUAAACCUAAGGAGGAGAUGUGAUGAAACUCGCAGGGAUCUGAGCCGAAAGAGGGCACAGUUUGAGGACUGGCAUCAAAAGUACAUGGAAAGAAGCCUCCCUUACUCAAAAAGCACGCACGUAUCUUGA